CUGGAUGACUGAGAACCUUCACAGACACAUUACUGUGGCUUGUUCUUCUUUGUCUUGUUUUGGUUGCUCCCUUUUGAGGGUCGCCUCUAUCUCUCUCUAUCUUCCUCUGUCACACUAGCCCCCUGUCUAUCAUCCUUCUCUACACCCAUGAAUCUUGUCUGAGGUCACUGAUUUUCUUUUCUUUCUUUUUUUCAGCAUUAUUGUUUAAAGACUGUUUUGGCAUUUUCUUCAGAAGGGCAAGAGUAAAAGGGGACAACAUGUAUAAAUGCUCAAGUCUUCACUUUUUAUGAUGUCUGUAUAAUUUUGCUGCUCUAAUUAUGUAUACAUUUAAAUUACUGAAGCAGAACAGUUUACUACAAAUCUAAAGCAUAAAAAAAAGAAUAUUUUAAAGGUUGACGCCAGUUGUCGGUACAGUCCUGAUAAUCAAAAGUAUAGAUGUGCUUCGAAAUCAUAUUGUUUCCCUAUUCGAGCCAUAUGGGGCGAUAGUGGUCUGAAGUUGUUUAAAAUGUGAUUAAUGAAGCGGAGAAGAGGAAGAGCAUGUAAUACUGCGGUGCAAGGGUUAUGAUGUGGAGAGGAAAGUUCUGCAGAAUAGAUUGAAGGAGCGGGGAAUUGGGGAAUUUAAUCUGAAGAGUGUGUUGGAGGAUAGUAGGGCACAGGUGAGAGAACUGGUGGGGUUUCUGAAGGAUAUAGGUGUUUAUGAAAGACUGUAGGGUCUUUUUUUUUGGUUUUGUGUUGUUUUUUGGACACAGAUUGUAAGCUCACUGUCUGACCCAUACUCCGGAACAGUAGGAAGCGGUAAUGCUCCUUUACGUUGGUUGCCAACCGCCGUUAAACACGAAGAAGAAGAAGAAAGAGGAGGAGGAGGAGGAGAAGAAGAAGAGUGUUGCGCAAAAAGCUGCGCAGUUGUCGCAUUUUCGAUCACGAACGAUGGAGGCGAAUGUUUUGAUGGAGCCAAGGGACUAAACGAGCUUAUUUUGUUGGCGAAACAACACAGUAAAGUUGCGCAUUGUGGUGUGAAACAACAUAGCUGCUGCUUUAUUUAUAAUAGCACUUUUAAGGAGAGCUGCUUUUUUUUUCUGGAACACAGCGGUCAGCUAGCUGAUAUCGUUUGUUGCGGUGGCCUAGCUAACACUGGCUAGCAUUGCGAACUUGGACAGAGCUUUGAGUCAGUCGUUUCAUUGCGGCGACCCCUUUUAACUCCCUGCGCUAUAUUCUACUACAGCUUCGCUCGGCUUCAUGUCGUUAUCAUCGCAGCUUUAGCGAUCAGAGAUUCCCUUACCUUUUAACAGAAGUCAGUUCGUCGGAUAAGCCAGUGUGAGUACGGCUUCUUGCGAUCAAGGAGAAGAGGUUAUCCAUGUCCACGAGUUUCUGCAGAUUGCUCAUAUUUAAUAACAUUAGCAAACAUGUCUUUAGUCGCCUAUGGCAGCAGUGAUGAGAGUGACUCAGAGGAAACCUCUGCCGUGCCGGAGAGCAAACCCAGCGCAGGAGGGCUCUUCUCACACCUGCCUGCUCCUAAAAAAACGGUAUCGGCAGGAGGGACCGAAGGGCCAGCCAAGAAGACAGCAUUGAGCACUGCAGUAGAGGAUAGCUCAUCAGCCGAUGAUCCAGAUCCUCAGCCAUCUAAAGGAAGCUUAUUCUCCAGCCUACCCAAGCCAAGGAAACGGACAGAGCCCGUCAAGAUCACCGUGCCGCAGAUCCAGAGGCAGGAUUCAGACUCAGAUGAUGACGAACCAGCAACGAAGAAACUACAAAAUCAGGGUGCAGGUACAGGCUUGUCCUCCAUUCUGCCACAACCCAAAAACCUGACAGUGAAGGAGACGGACAGACCUCUGAUCCCUCAUUCGCUAACUAAACGGCAAGAACCGAAAGCACCCAAACCUGGAACCCCUGCACAUGGUCUUGGUUCUAGUGCGUCUCCCUCCGCCAUCAAAGCUGCAGCAAAGUCAGCUGCCCUCCAGCUGGCUAGACAGAUAGCUUCAGAUGACCAGGAUAAUGAAGAGGACAUAACCCCACAGAACUACUUUUCUCUAGGCGAGAGCUCUCAACCUCUACCUGCAGUUGUCCCCAGCUUGGACCCUGAGCCAGGAGCCCUUGCAGAGCCCCUUCCUUUUGCAGCUCCUGAUGAACCGGGGCAGUCGGAUGCCCCUCUCGACUUUGGGGGAAAACAUGAGACAAGUGGCGCAUGGGGAGGUCAAUAUAAUGAAUAUGAACAACCCAUAGCGGGCCCAGAGGCUUUUCCUCCGGGAUACUACAAUGAGCCAUAUUACCAAGAUCCCAACCCGGGAAUAGCAGAGGCUGAAGAGCCCGGCAACUCAGCCAUGUUUGAUGAUGAAGCGUUCAUGCGGCUGCAGGGGAAAAGAAACAGGGGCAAAGAGGAGGUGAAGUUUCUGGAGAUCAAAGGCGACGACCAGCUGAGCGGCAACCAGCAGUGGAUGACCAAGAGCAUGACCGAAGAGAAGCAGCAUCGGCAGUCUUUUAGCAAGAAAAGAGGAGAACAACCUACAGGACAGCAGCGACGCAAGCAUCAGAUAACUUAUCUCAUCCACCAGGCAAAGGAACGUGAGCUGGAGCUGAAAAACAACUGGGCAGAAAACAGGUUAACCCGCCGACAGACCCAGGCCAAAUAUGGCUUCUAAACAUCAUGACUGUGGACUGUGGUGGCAUACAGAAAUUAGAGUAGAGCUUUCCAAAUAUACUUCCACAAAGAGGAAACAUGUUUAGAAACAGUAAGCAUACAGUCUGGAUACAGAUUUUCCUUCCUGCCCUCCAUCCUGUAUUUGUGUUGACCUGUUAAUAUUCAGUAGUUCUGUUGUUUGACCAGGUGUUAUUCUUAUAUCUAAGAUCCAGCCACAACCGCUACACUCCCCAUUCACUGUCAUUUAUAUUAAAUAGAGGCACUAUACUUAUGUAACAGUAUUUUUAAGGUACUUUUGCUCAGUCAUUGGCAGAACAGAUGUAAAGUGACUCUGAAGUGGCCAUUAUUAUAAAUGUUUUUCCUUUGAAUGUUUAUGCUUCCUGUUCAUGUUGUACUUCUUUGUGAUCUACAGAAACAAAGGUUUGGUUCUCUGGGAAUGAUGCAAGUUAUUAAUGAAAUCUGGAUGUUAUUCAUUUUAAACAAGCUGGAGUCACUGGAAAGCUGUGACGUGUUACAUAUCUGCACACAGGAUCGACUGUUUUCUGAUAAACAUGUACUUGCUGCAGUUGCUCAUUAGUAAUAAGAAGUUUGCUAUUAUAUAACUGAUACCUACUUUUGUUUGUAAAAGUUUUAUUUUUCUUAUUUUUUAAUGUGUGUUUCAUUUUCUCCCACUGGAAAACUAAAAAAGACCAGAGAACCAAACAUGAACGUCAUUGUCUUCUUGCUCUGAGGAAACAUUGAAGACUCUAAAUCAAUAUGAUUUUUAACAUGGUAGCAGCAUCUGGUGGGCGGGCGGUGCUAAAAGCAAAACACCCACCUUAAAAAUGGAGAUUACAUUCAUUUUUUUAAACAUUUUACAUGUAUUUUUUUCUUCUUCUUUUUAAACAUCAAAUUUGGGGGGGGGAAUUUAGUGAUUUGUUCAACUUUCUCAGAUGGAAAGCAGUAAAAAUAUGCUUUUUAUAUCUCCAGACUCUAUGUAACUACAUUUUGUCUUUACCAAAGCAAUAGUCAAGCCUCCACGAGUCCUCUGUUCUUUGUCCCGACAGCAGAAGUGUUCAAACCUGAGCCAGAUUUCCUCUAAAUGCAAUACAUUUCAUACAUCUUGCGUUGUCAAACUUUAAAUGUGAACUCUUAUCAGAAACAAUUACACAAUCUGAUCUGCCUCAAAUACUACAGCUAAAUUCUAAACACGAGCAGAAGAAAGAAGCCGACAUAAAUAAAAUAAAUUGCAGAGCUUUGAUUUCAGCAGAUCUCAUGCAACGACUUGCAAACCACACAACUGUAUUGGCACUCCACUAACAUGACAUUAAACAGCAUUCCUCGGAAUAAUUUGUUGGUUUUUGGUUUACCAUUUACUUUUGUGCAUUGUCGAGUUAAAAUUGAUCAAUAAACUUGAUUUUCCUGACUGCUUACACUU